UGACGACGACUGUCAGCAGUUAGUCAGCGGCAUCGGGGCAGCAACCACUGGACGCAGCUAUAGCCGAAUAGACGAGCGCGGAUUUAUCUGUCUUUUAAGUUCUCCGUCUCUAGCUGCCGGUGCGUUAAUUCAACUCUGGUCGCGCUGUGAACUGUACGCGCCUUGCAGCUCUCCAAUAAAAGUCUCGUCUCAGACAGAAAUUAAGCAAAACAACAUAAAACAAUUAUCCAAAAUCCUGUAUUUUUUUGUUUGUUUGUGCCUGUGUGUGUGCGUAAGUGGAACCAGAAAUCUCAAGCUCCUCUUCCGGCUUUGAUUUCGAUUCAACUUGAGAUUUGUAUAAAAAGGAAUACUCCCUCAAAAUGAUAUUCGGUCGCUGGACGCGUAAGCAAAUACUCACCAUGUUCGGUCUGGGUGGUGCUGUUGUGGGUGCCAUAAUUGUAAUCGCUGUGCUCAACAGCGGUGUGUCUUCCAAGGAGAUGCAGAUGCCCUGGCAAGAUGCAGCCACAUCCCAGUGCCACAAGACGCAUCCCAACACAAGCCACUCAACACUGGAACUAGUCCACAUUGUCUUCAGACAUGGCAUUCGCACCCCAGUGGAUACGUACCCCAACGAUCCCUAUUUGAGAGAUGGCUUCAAGCCAACGGGCUGGGGACAUGUCACCAAUUCUGGCAAACGUGAGCUCUACGAAAUAGGCCGUUGGCUGCAUCGUCGCUACAGCGACUUUAUGGGACCCUACUAUAGACCCGAUCGUUUGCAUGCACAAGCCACAGCCUCACCUCGCGCAAUGAUGUCCCUCCAGACGACGCUGGCCAGCAUGUUUGAGCCCCGGGGAACGGCAAUGGAGUGGAACAAGAAACUUAACUGGCAACCCAUUCCCAUAGUAUCGGAGCCUCUAGACCAAGAUUCGCUUUUGCUGGUUCGAACGCCAUGUCCGCGCUAUUUUGAGGCCUGGGAAGAGGUAUUCAAGCGGCCCGAGGUGAUUGCCGAAACGAAGCCGUACGAGCAAAUGUUCCGGGAGCUAACUAAUCUCACAGGGAUGGCGGUGAGGAAUGCCGAGGAUGUUAACUCCCUUUACAUCACACUCCUGGCAGAGCAAGAGUUUGGCUAUGAGCUGCCUGCUUGGACCAAGGAUUACUUCCCCGAUCGCAUGCAGUUCCUGGCGGAACAGAGCUACAUCUAUAAUGCCUACACACCGGAGAUGCAGAAGAUCAAGGGUGGGCCCUUCCUCAAGAGGAUGUAUAAGGAGAUGUCUGAAAAGAGAGAUGGCAGUCUGAAGCCCAAGGAUCGGGGGAUGUACAUUUAUGCUGGACAUGACUGGACUGUGGGCAAUAUACUAUCUGCUUUAGGGGUGUGGAAGCGUCAAAUGCCUAGGUUUGCUGUCAUGGCUAUCUUUGAGACGCACAGAGAUAAGGAGACAGGCGAAUACUAUGUGGAGAUCUUUCUCCGCAACGACGAACACGGCUGCCUAGAGCAGUUGAAGCUGCGUGACUGCGAUCGUCAGUGCCCCCUGAGUCGCCUCAUCGAACUAAGCAGCGAGGUGCUACCCAACGAGCCAAUGGAGCAGCGGUGUCGACCACACAGCCCCGAUUUUGUGGAACCGCCGCCGCGUCUGAUCGAUCAGAAUGCGGGACGCUAG